AUGAGGUUCUUGAAUCGUGCUUGCUUGAAAGCUGAAAACGACGAACAAAUUGAUAGCGUUCACACAAAAUCAUGGAAACUAUGCACAGUUGAAGAAGUGGAAGACCUUAAAAGAGUAUUCAGGCUCAUUCCUUUAUGGUCAACCGACAUUCUCUUAACCACCACCAUCGCCAUGUUUAAUAGCUUAUCAACAAUCCAAGCCCUAGCAAUGGAUAGGCAGGUGGUGGGCUCCAUCAAAAUCCCAGCUGGCACAUUCCUAGCCUUCACACUUGUAACCACUGCCAUCUCAAUCUUCAUCGUCGACCGUUACCUACUUAACAAGUGGCAAAAUUUACGCGGCCGAGCUCUAUCACCUUUUCAACGAAUAGGGAUCAGACACAUCAUUAACAUAAUAGGUAUUGUGGAAAUUGGCACAACCGAAGCAAAACGGCUCCACUUGGCACGAGCAGAUCCAUCCAAGUCAGUCGUGGCCAUGUCAACCUUAUGGCUCGUGCCAAGUCUAGUGAUUGUAGGAAUAGGCGAGGCAUUUCAUUUUCCUAGCCAAGUUGCAUUGUAUUACCAAGAAUUUCCUGAAUCGCUGAAAAGUACUUCAACAACUAUCAUAUCACUAUUAAUUGGAUUAGGAUAUUACCUUAGUGUGGUUGUCACUGAUCUUAUAGACCAUACUACGGGUUGGUUACCUAAUAACAUAAAUCAAGGAAGAGUAGAUAAUAUGUAUUGGUUUUUUGUGGUGAUUGGAGUGCUGAAUUUUGGAUAUUUUUUGGUUUGUACUAAAUUGUACAAGUACCAAGUUUAA